AUGCCCGAGUCGACCGACGUGGCCAUAGUCGGCAGCGGCCUGGCCGGCAUGUGCGCGGCGGUCGCGGCGGCAGAGGCAGGCGCGCGCUCCGUGACGGUGCUCGAGCGCGGACACGGCGGCGGCGCGUCGGCGCUCUCGGGCGGCAUCGUCUACGCGGGCGGCGGGACGGCGCAGCAGCGCGAGGCCGGGUUCGAGGACUCGCCCGCCGACAUGCUCGCCUACAUGCGGGCCGAGGUCGGCGACAGCGGCGUCGUCGACGACGCCACGCUGCGGCGCUUCUGCGACGGCAGCGCCGCCGAAGUGCGCUGGCUCGAGGGCCUCGGGGCCCGGUUCAGCGGCGCCGCCUUUUGCAGGUACAAGACCAGCUACCCCAAGGACGGCGACUUUCUGUACUACUCGGGUAACGAGAAGGCGGCCCGGUUCGCCGCCGUGGCGCGCCCGGCGCCGAGGGGCCACCGCGCCGUCGGCGGGCCGGGCAUGACGGGCGGCGCGCUGUGGAGGGCCAUCUUCGACGCCGCCGUCGACAAGGGCGUCCGGUUCGAGGCGGCGACCAAGGUCGAGGACGUCGUGAUGGACCAGGGGCGCGCCGUCGGGGUCAGGUAUCGCCGGCUGAACCCCGUCGCUGCCGCCGCGCCUUUCGCGAAGCACAAGAAGCUGUCCCAGCGGGCACUCGAUCUGAGACUGGCCACCAACACGCUCGCCGACUGGUACGACAAGCGGGCGUCCAAGGUCUUCCAGCGACACGCCGAAGAGGGCACGCUCGGCGCGGGGGCCGUCAUCCUCGCCGCCGGAGGGUUCGGCCUGAACCACGCCAUGGUCAAGUCGCACUACCCCCUCGCCGACCGGCUCCACUUCCUGGGCACGGCCGGCGACGACGGCGCCGGGAUCCGGCUCGGGGCGGCGGCGGGCGGCUCGACGGGGCGCAUGGGCUCCGUGUCGGCGUGGCGCUUCCUGUACCCACCCGACGCGCUCCUGCACGGCGUCGCCGUCGGGCCGGACGGCACCCGCAUCGCGGCCGAGGACCUGUAUGGCGCGGCCUUUGCCGACCGCAUGGUACGCCGGCACGGCGGCCGCGGCUUCCUCGUGCUCGACUCGGACCAGUGGGCCCGCGCCACAGCCCAGGUCGCCGAGCAGACGGAGCACUUGACGAGGUUCAUGGCGCUGUACGUGACUAGGUGGUUGCGGCGGAGGGCCGGCAGCCUCGGCGCGCUCGCGGGCAGGGUCGGCGUCGACGCGGUGGCGCUGGCGGGCACGGUGGCGGCGUACAACGACGCCAUCGUCGCGGGGCGGCCGGACCCGGUCGGCAAGACGGACGAGUACCGGUCGCCGAUCGCGCGGCCGCCCUUUUACGCCGUCGACGUCUCGCUCGCGCCGUCGGGCCCCUACAUGUCCACCGGCAUCACGCUCGGCGGGCUGCGCGUCGAGGGCGGCUCGGGCCUGGUGCUGAGGGGGUCGGAAGGGGGCGGCGAGAACCAGGCGGUCAUCGCGGGCCUCUACGCGGCUGGACGGACUGCCGUUGGGCUGUGUUCUAAUGGCUACGUCAGUGGGCUGUCGCUGGCCGACUGUGUUUUUUCCGGGAGGAGGGCUGGCGGGCACGCUGCUAGGAGGGUUUUGGGAAGUUAGUAGCAAUGGAUGCACGGGUAAAGGUUUGAUAUGAGGUGAGGCUAUAUUCAUGAGACUUUUUGUUGCCUUGCUGGUUGACAGGGGAGACCAUAUAUUUACUAUCUCUGAGUCUUGGGAACAGAAAAAGGAGGACCCCAAGGGAAGGACGCAACAUGGUUACAAGCAUCGAUGUUGGAACCCAACACGGUGCGAAGCUGAAGAAAUCGACCGAAUCCCAUCAUCAUAUUCAAGCCGCAAAACACUCCUUAAUGGCCUUGCCCUCCUUCAGCUCGGCCAGCAUGUCGUCAGACGCCUUUUGAC